GUGUAGUUUCCUAGGAGUGCCUUGUUUAUUAAAGAAGCAUCUGCAAUGUGAUCCGGAACUUUGAAGUUCUUUCUUUCGUGUCGCGAAACUAAGUCCAUAGUAACCAAACGACCAGCUGUAUUUAUCCUGAACCGGUUGAUCCAUCUGAGAUAAAGCAUUAGACCUCACGGCGUGACUGUACUUUUCUGCAUAGAGAACCUGGGCAUAAGCUCUCUGAUCUGGUCAUGGCGAAGAAAAAAGCGAGCUGGACCACAAAAGGGAUUUAUGUCAUAAUGGACAAUGGGCUGGUGAAACUCACCAUUUCGAAGCCUCAAGGUUACUUGACUGGCGUAGAGUAUGGAGGGAUGGACAACCUCUUGGACAUCAAGUCGAACGAAUCGGGCAGAGGAUAUUGGGACGCCAAUUGGACUUUGCCAGGGGGCGGAGACAGAUACCAACUGAUCAGAGGGGGAGAGCAUAGUGUUAUUCAUCAAAGCAAUGACCUGGUGGAGGUCUCCUUCAGGAGCACUUAUAAUCCGUCGACUCCGGGCAUGACGCUGCCUCUGAGUGUUGACACAAGGCACAUUGUCAGAACUGGUGUUUCGGGAUUUUCCUGCUAUGCAGUAUACGAGCGCCCGCAAGGAUGCCAUGCCUUUGACCUCGCUCAGAUAAGGAUGGUGUUUAAAUUGCGACAAGAGAAGUUUCACUACAUGGCAAUUACAGACGAAAAGCAAAGGGUAAUGCCUGUGCCGGAGGAACUACUUCCUGGCAGAGGCAAACAGCUGAUUUUGCCCGAAUCUGUUUUGCUGAAUCUCGUUAAUCCAGACCUCAAAGGCGAAGUGGAUGACAAGUAUCAGUACUCAAUGGACAAUAAGGACGGUGGACUUCAUGGAUGGAUAAGUUCAGGUCCUGUCAUCGGGUUUUGGGUCAUUAUCCCAAGUUACGAGUUCCGCAAUGGCGGCCCAACAAAGCAAAAUCUCACCGUUCAUACCGGUCCAUUCUGCCUAGCAAUGUGUCAUGGAACCCAUUAUAUAGGAGAUGAUAUCCUAGCUCAUUUUGGAGAGGGAGAGACAUGGAGCAAGGUCUUUGGCCCGUUCUUCGUGUACCUGAAUUCGACUAAUAAAGCAUCAAAUGCGCACAACUUAUGGUCAGAUGCAAAAAAAUAGAGGGAGAUCGAGGUAGCAUCACGGCCAUAUGAUUUUGUCUCAUCGCCAUAUUAUCUAACAGCUAGCGAGCGCGGUUCAGCAUCGGGAAGACUCUUUGUCUGGGACAGCUAUCUUGUCCUCUGCAGGUAUAUAUCCAGUGCUCUAAUUCCUGCUAAAAGUGCAUAUAUUGGUCUAUCGGUGACGAGGACUGAAGGAGCGUGGCAAACUGAGAGCAAAUCUUAUCAGUUCUGGGUUCAAACAGACUCCAGUGGAAGUUUCACCAUAAGGAACACAAUCCCAGGAGUCUAUGGACUCCAUGGGUGGGUUGCUAGUAUCAUCGACGACUACCUCGAGAAAACAUUGGUUAUCAUUACCACAGAUUCAGAGACACAGCUUGGGAAUUUGACAUUUGUUCCGCUUAGAGAUGGUCUGACCUUGUGGGAGAUCGGGUAUCCUGAUCGAACGGCGAUUGACUAUUUUGUCCCCGAUGUUAAUCCGAUGUAUGUCAACAAGUUAUUUCUGAACAGUCCUGAAAAGUUCAGACAGUAUGGCUUGUGGGACAGGUAUACUGACAGAUACCCUGAAUCCGAUCAAGUUUUCACAGUAGGAGUCAGCGAUCCAAGGAAAGACUGGUUUUUUGCCCAUGUUGACAGGAGAGGACCAGAUAAGUAUCUUCCCACAACAUGGACUAUCAAUUUAAAUCUCAACUCAGUGGCAGGAGGAACCUACAAGCUCAGGCUGGCCAUUGCAUCAGCCACUCGCUCUGAUCUUCAGGUUCAUAUCAACUCUAUGGAUCAAGAACAUUUGGUGUUCCACGUGAUGAAUUUGGGAACAGAUAACGCAGUUUGCCGACAUGGUAUCCAUGGAUUAUACCGGCUUUUCAACUUUGACAUUUCUUCAUCAUUGUUGCUAAAGGGAGACAAUGCCAUGUAUCUCACGCAAGCCAGAGGAGGCGAUGCGCUUUGCGGAAUCCUUUAUGACUUUAUAUGCCUUGAAGCGCCAGCCACUGAUUAGGGUGAGUUUAAGCAGCUACCAAACUUGCUGCUGACUGACAUCUCAAUCACCAUGUGUGACAACCUAUUGCGGAGAAGAGAUGAAGAAUACGUUGCUAGGCAAAGAAAACCACGAAAUUCUCUGAUAAAAGUAGAUUCCCGCCAUUAGCCAAUCAUUUAUUGCACAUUUCCUGUUUUAUAUUUCAUUUUCAGAAGCACAUUUGGCUGCUUUCCGUUUACAGAGUAUUGUACAAGACUUGGUCAUCGCUUGUCUAUCACCCCUCAAUUUCUCUUGUGAUUUGACU